UUAGCAAUUUUUCCAAAAAAAAAAUACUCCAUAAAAAAAAUAAUUCAAAACAGAUCAAACCGCAAAAAACUGUAGAAUUAAGUUGUAGUAAACGAGGGCCUAACUCAAAGUUUCUGAAUUGAAAACCCGAAUUUGGGGAUAAAGCCCAUUUAAAUAAUUCAAUUUCCUAAUUUCUAUGCAUCUUUCUCUCUCCUCUCCUUCCCUCUUUUUCUCACUCUACCUGUGCUGUGGUCUUCUGAAGCAGACGACGCUCAUCUUCUCCGCCUCUAAAUUCACCUCCCUGGUAUCGAAUUCAAGCUUUUGUUGCUGAGAAAUUUCAACGGUUUUCCAUCUCUUUCAGUUUUGUACGUUGUUAAUUGGCCUUAUUUGAUUGCUAAUUUUUAUGAGAAAAAAGAGGAAUUUACUGGCUUUAACAUUUGGGAAUGUUUAGGCUGAUGAUUUGCUGAAUUGGGUAUUGCUUUUUACUGAUGGGGGAUUAGGGUUCUUCAAUUUUGUUUGAUUGAGUUAUAAUUGGCAUUUUAAUGAAAGUAGCGAUAUAGUAGUAUUCAGUUGGUUGCUGGUUGUUUAAUUUGAUUGAUUAUUGAGAAUUAUAUUGGACUUUUCAUUGAAAUAGAAGGAUAAGAUUGAUUAAGUUGAAUUUCGAGUGGGAAAAAUGGUGGCAUUGGCGAGUUUGCCUUAUCCCUUUGCCACCUUUGUCUCAUACAAGGCUCACAAAUCACCCAGAAAAACGCUGAUUCGAUGCUCGAUUCGUGUACCCUCUUCGUCUUUGAGGCGUGCUAAGAGGAAAAACUACUUGCGCCCUAAGAUCCUUAAAACCCUUACUAAACCCUACAAUAUCCCUUUGGAUGAUCAUAUAGAAGCUCCCAUUCAGCCAAUUGAACCAAAUGUUGAGGUUCCUUCGGAUUCCACUAAGGAACAAUCGAGUUCUAGGUUUAUCGAAGAAUCAGAGAAUGAAUCUGGUUUGAGUCAACUAGAAGUUGUUAGGGAUUCUGAGGCUCGAAGUUUGGUGGGUUAUGGUGGAAUUUCAGGCAGUACCAUUGUUAAGAUUGUUGGUUCAUUUGUGGGUUUAUUUGUUUUACAGACUGUUGUUGCUGUUUGGGUAAUGGGUUCUAAUAAGUCUGAUGAGAAUAAUGGGAGUUUGGUAGUUGGGGAUCCGAAAAAGGAGCUUAUGCUGGGGAUGCGAGAAGGGGAAGUGAAAAUAAAUGGGAAAGCUUUUCUGAAGGAUUGGGCUGGUGUGGGUGUGAACGAGUCAGAAAUGGAAGCUAAGAUUUCUGAAAUUAGAAAGAUGGCAUGGGAGGUAAGAGAGGCUGAAAAGAGGAAGAAGGUAGAGAAUAGUGAAGCAGAUUUAGAUGAUGUGAGUGAUGAUGACAAUGAUAGUGAGGAUUUUGAGAGUAAUGAUUCUAAGACCAACAGUGGUAUUGUGAAGGAAGUUGAUGUACGGUUAAGUAAGUUGAAGAAAAAAUAUCCAGCACCUUCGCUGAAUGUUAAUUUUUUAAAUAAAUCAGAGGGGUCUGGGAAGGAGGAGAAAAAUGAGGCUUUGGAUGGUAAAGAAGAAGAUAGUAUGUUAUUGUUUAAGAUGAAGCAUAAAUUUAGAAGUCAUCUGACUAAACCUGAAGAGAAACCUAAAGGAUUUCAAAAUAUUGAUGGUGUAAGAGGGAGACAUGGUAGUGGAAAUGAUGAAAAACCAGUGGAGGGAACAGGAAGUGGUAAUGAUAAUAGUCAGAUAAUAGAUGUUCUCGAGGAAACGAUUCCUGAAAACCGCAAUAAUGGUAUGGAUAAAGAAGGGAAGAUACCAGUACCUCAAAGUUCUGCACAAUUGAAAGGUCCUGGGAAAGGGUUUGGAAGCAAUGGUGCAAGAAAGAAGUUAGACAAGGUAAUCAAUGGUCCAACUUCCUCGGGAAGCAAUGGCACAGCAAAAAAAGCGAGCAAGGGAAGUAAUGAGGGUGCCAAACCAGGAAAUGGUUCAACUGCCUUGGGAAGCAACAGGACAGAAAAAAAGUUGAGCAAGGAAAUAAAUGAGGGUGCCAAACCAGUUAAAGGUCUUGUCCAGGACUCUAGUGAUGGAAGCAGUUUGGAUGAGGGUUCAGGAGCCAAAAUGUACAGCACUAUUGCAACUGAAGGCAAAAAGAAGAUGGCUGAUCAUGCUGCCUCAACAACAUCCGAGUCACCGAUGAUGCCACGAAGAAAAGGUCAACCCAAUUCUAACAAACUAGAAAGAAAACUACCCCGGAGCAUUGACAAGGAUGACCUAGAGAAUGUUAAUCCUUGGUGGUCAAAACUUCCAUAUGUUCUUGUCAUUUUGAUGCAAAAUGGUAUAGGUGAUGAAGCACAGCGGGGAUUCUAUAACAUAAGGAUCUACACUGAUGCAGAGAAUCAGUCUUACUCGUCUUACACUGUUGCUUUUGAAGAUCGCAAUGAUGCUAAGAACUUCAGUUAUCUUCUGGAAUCAGCUUUUGAGGAUCUACCUGAUGCUGCUGUAGAUAUCGCUCCUAUUUCAACAAAGGAAUUCAAAGAAAUGGCAGAAACUCUUGACAACGAAGUAUUUGUUCUAAGGAAGGGAGAAUUAAAGCUUUAUGCUGGUCAGCCACUUGCUGAUGUUGAGGCUGCUCUGAGGUCAUUGGUGAAAUGAGCAUCAACAGUUUGUGCGACUGUCACCUAUAGUUCACAGGAAUGAUACAUUGGUUGCAUCAGAAUCAGCAUCUAGUAUGGUUUUGCAUUGACCGAUUUGCUGUGGAUGCCCUUGCAUACGUCUUACAAAUACUGGGUACUUUGAAGGUCGCAUGGCUUGGUGUUUUUGCUAUACUCCAUUGGGCAGCAAAAGAAUUUUCUUUCGAGCUCCCAUCUCUUUUUCGGCCUAAAUCUUAGAUCCUUACUGUAAUACUGUUGCUAGAAAUAAUGGUUGAAAAUAGCAAAAGUUUUGUAGGUGAAGAUAUUUAACGUUAAUUUAAUGAAAAUAGUUAAAUUGAUGUUUUAUUAAAGCUGUAUUGGUGCACUUGUUUUGAGCUCAUUUUAGUUUUGAAAUUAGUAAAGAUAGUCCUGUAAUUUAGGGAGUAAGAGUUUCUUAAAACAACUCUUUCAAGCUUCUUCCUCCUGGUUCUUAGAGAUGUAAUAUUCAUUUCUCUGAGACUAA